AUGGCCACCCCAGAAGCCAAGCAACUGGCACUAAAGGAAAAGGACCUCGGCAAUGCGGCGUACAAAAAGAAGGAAUUUGACACGGCACUUCAGCACUACCGCACGGCAUUGACGCAUGAUCCGAUGGACAUAACAUUCCACAACAAUAUUGCGGCAGUAUACUUCGAACAGAAGGAGUUCCAAAAAUGCAUCGAAGAGUGCGAAAAGGCCGUUGAGGUAGGUCGUGAAAACCGGGCGGACUAUAAGCUUAUCGCGAAGGCUUUCACCCGUACCGGCAAUGCGUACCGCAAGCUGGAAGACUACAAAUCCGCCAAGACCUACUUCGAGAAGUCACUGUCGGAGCACCGGACGCCCGAGGUGAAGUCGUUGCUUAGCGACACGGAGAAAAAGAUCAAGGAGAUGGAGAGACUGGCCUACAUCGAUCCGGCCAAGGCGGAGGAGGAGAAGGAAAAGGGUAACGAAUAUUUCAAGCAGGGUGACUACAGUACAGCAGUGAAGCACUACUCCGAAGCCAUCAAGCGCAAUCCGGACGAUGCGAAACUGUAUAGUAAUAGGGCCGCCUGCUACACAAAGCUGGCCGCGUUCGAUUUGGGUUUAAAGGACUGUGAAACAUGCUGUCGGCUGGACGAAACUUUUAUCAAAGGGUGGAUUCGCAAAGGCAAGAUCCUGCAGGUGAUGCAAAAGUCGUCGGAAGCGCUCACAGCAUACCAAAAAGCCUUAGAGAUCGAUCCGAACAAUGCGGAAGCGCUGGAAGGAUACCGAGCAUGCACCGUGGCAGUACACUCAGAUCCCAAGGAGGUGUGGAAGAAGGCAAUGCACGAUCCGGAAGUACAACAAAUACUGAAAGAUCCUGCGAUGCGCGUCAUUCUAGAGCAGAUGCAAAACGAUCCAAAGGCGGUGCAAGAGCAUCUCAAGAAUCCUCAGGUAGCUUCCAAAAUCCAGAAACUGCUCGAGUCCGGAAUCAUUCAAAUCUACUGA